AUGGAUCGAUGCCGUUGUGAAGAAUAUGCAGCUGCUGUGAGGAAGUUACGGUUGUAUACUGUUGGUACUUUCAGACCUGAUAUUAUCGAUAAAUAUGAUAGAUCAGGGUUUAUAACAACAUGGGUAAGACACGGAGUCGAUUAUGAAGACCUAAAGUUUUUAAAACCAAGAGCUACAAAGAUCAUUCAACCAUCUAAACUACCAGAAAAU